AUGCUUGUUGCUGAUACAAUGAUUACCGAAUGGCCCUUUAAUGGACUCGGUCGAGCUAGGCAAACUCGACCGAUUGGUCAAGGAGAUGCUCCAAACCGCCACCAACAAAGACAAGGGAUUGUUCCACCACCAGUGCUUGAGGGCUCUCUUCAUCAAGCACACAAGGGGCUUGAACAAGCCUUUCAGCUCGUGGCCUAUCAGACGUGGUUUCUCAACUCUAGCCCUCUCAAGACGUGGCUUCUCAAUCCUUGGUCCUCUAUCAACUCUUUGUCCUUCUCAACCUUAUCCUUCCCAACUCUUGGUUCUUUGUCAACCCUUUCCUUCACAACCUUUGUAGCUUCAUGA